AUGGAUGAGGAGUACUACAUGUUUCGCGACGAAGGAUACGAUAAUGACACCGUGGAGGAUGAAGAGGAAGCGAUCAUGUCGUCUGCUAUACCUAGCGAGGUUGAUCCAUUAGACUUUGUCUACACAAACAUCCCAGACACGACUCACAUCCUGAAGCUCGACGCAAACUGCAAACACUGCAAGGCAAAAAAAAUUGUGUGUGAGACUGACGGCUUCUGCUGUCGCAAUGGCCAGUUCGAACUUAAACAACCUGAGCCAAUCCCAGAGCUGAUGAGGCUAUGGUCAAGCAUGGAUGCAGAUUCUAGACAUUUUCGGGAAAACAUACGCUUCUUCAACGGGCAUUUCACCUUCACAACCCUUGGCGUCAGCCUUGAUGAGAACUACACAAACAUGAAGUCUGGGGUGUACACAUUCCGGGCACACGGCACCAUCUACCACAAUGCGGCCACCAAGCAAUUAGACCAAGAUGUCGUGAAGAAGUUAGUAGACAUACUCAAAGAAAACCCGUACUCCCAGCAAUUUAGGAGUUUGGGUGCACACAAGGACAACCUCGAUGAUUACAGGAUAGACCUAAACACCGAUAAAAGGCUUGACCAAAGAAGAUAUAACAGACCGUUGUCAUCUGAGGUCGCUGCAAUUUGGGUUGAGGGCAACGACCUAGCAAAAAGGGGAGAACUAGGUUGGCAUCCGAAGCUACCUAAACGUAAUGUUCCUUUGGAGGUUGUACUAAAUCCUCAACUGGUCCAUGAUGAUGAUGAGGAUGCAGAGGGCAACAGCAGGUUGUGCGUCUCUGUUAGAGACUACUACUGUUACAUGCUGCAGACACGGCCUGCGAUCUUUAAUCCCAUACUCUGUGGAGCACGCCUCUUGCAGCAAUGGGCCGUCGACAUGUACGUCAAGAUUGAAAGUUGUCGGUUAAGGUGGUACAGGAAGAACCAGACGCAGAUUCGUGCCGACUUGUAUAAAGGAGUUGUUGAUGCGAUCACAUCGGGGGAGACACGAGCAAGCGCUGUUGGGGUAAGAAUAGUUCUCCCUAGAACAUACCCUGGUGGCGACCGCGACAUGAAGAAGAGGCAUAUGGAUGUCAUGGCAAUUGUACAUACAUACGGGAAGCCUGACAUCUUCUUGACCAUGAAUUGCAAUCCAAAAUGGGAAGAGAUAACGAAUGAGUUGCUGCCUGGUCAGACGGCGCAAGACCGACCUGAUAUUGUGGCUCGCGUGUUCUUUGGCAAACUAGAGGCUAUGAAGGACAUGUUGUUCAAGAAGCACAUCCUGGGUGUUGUUGUCGCAUAUGUAUAUGUUGUCGAGUUUCAAAAAAGGGGCCUCCCACACGCACAUUUUCUGUUGAUCAUGGACUCAACAUAUAAGCUUAUCGUCCCCGAGCAGUAUGACCGACUCAUUUCCGCAGAGCUCCCAGACAAGCAUAAGUAUCCGGAAUUGUAUGCAAUGGUGGUAAAACAUAUGAUGCACGGACCAUGCGGUGCUCUAAACCCGAAGAAUGUUUGCAUGCAAGAAAACGGAUGCAAGUGCAGAUACCCGCGGUCGUUCAAUGAAAACACAGCACAGGGGAAGGACUCGUACCCAGUUUAUCGACGUAGAGACGAUGGUAGGCGUGCUAAGGUCCGAGGGAAGAUGUUGGACAACAGAUGGGUUGUGCCUUAUAACCCAUACCUUCUGCGGAUGUUCAAUUGCCACAUCAACGUUGAGGUCUGCUCGAGCAUAAAGGCCGUCAAAUAUCUUUACAAGUACAUUUACAAGGGCCAUGAUAAGGCUUCUUUCAGCAUCGACCAGCCCGACGCCGAUGGUAACAUUGAUGAGAUCAAGAGAUACGUUGACGCAAGGUGGAUCACCCCUCCGGAGGCUAUGUGGAGGAUAUUUGGCUUUCCACUUUGCGCCAACUACCCUCCUGUCUUGCAGUUGCCUCUUCAUCUCCCGAAUAUGCACAGGGUCGCAUUCAAUGCCCAGGCUGACUUGAAAAAUGUUGUCGCCUCAGAAAAUAUUUCAAAAUCCAUGUUAACGGAGUAUUUCAAGGCUAACCAGGAACACCCUCGGGCUAGAAAUAUAUUGUACAAGGAUUUUCCCGGAAGCUUCACGUGGCAGAAGAAAAAGAAGUUUUGGAAGCCGCGGGUCGAGCGUUUUCAAAUAGGUCGCAUCGUGUCUGCCAAUCCUGCCGAGGGGGACCGAUACUAUCUGCGUGUGUUGCUAAACCAUGUUACGGGCAAAACAUCCUUUGACGACUUGCUCACCGUGGACGGCGUGCUAUGUGGGAGCUUUAGAGAGGCUGCUGAAAGGUUGGGACUCAUCGAGGCAGACAACACGCUCGACGACUGUCUUACUGAGGCUGAGCAGUGGGCGAUGCCAUGUUCUCUUAGGAGGCUCUUCGCAACCAUCUUGGUGCACUGCGAGCCAGGCAACGUGCGUGGUUUAUGGGAUAGGCACCUCGAGCCUAUGUCAGAUGACUAUCGUCGAUCACGCACGUCCCCUGAUGAGGUGGAGCAGAUGGUGUUGCUAGACAUUAGGGGUAUGUUGCAGUCCAUGGGUAAAGAUAUUGUUGAUUUCGCUCUUCCGAGCAUAGAUGAUGCGUUUGACCCAACCGAGGGCGAGGCAAGAGAGGUCAUCGAGAGGAAACAACCGUUGAGUUUGACAUGGAUGACACUAAGUUGGUAUCUUCGCUGA